AUGCGCUGGCUGGCUCAUAGUUGGCGCGCAUUCACCCGUUCGUACACGACAGCAGACUAUCAGAAGUGGAUGUUGUCCCUUGCAGCUACCCUUGACUUCGACCUUGACAACAUGUUCGAUCGGGGUAAAUUGUUUGGUGGUGAGGCCAUCUACGUGUGCCCGACCCGUAAUGUUGAGAGGACAUGUGAUGUGCGGAACAACACAUAG